AUGCAACAGCCGGGGGCCGCCACGCCCAGCACGAGAAGGCGCCUCACGGUGCCGAGGCGGUCUCCCGCGGCGGCGUCGGUGUGGGAGACACGGAUGGAGAUGGACGAGGUGAAGGGCGGCGUCAAGGUCUUCAGCGAAGGCGCCGACGACGCCGACGAGGAGGGCAUGCGGGUGUACAGCCGCCUGCGACGGAAUCAAAGCGACGGCGGCGGCGCGGGCGCGGGCGCCGGCACGGCUGCGGCGGCCAAGAAGAGGAGGAACUGGAAGGCGUCGGAGCCGGUCACGGCGAUCGGGGAGCUGCGCAAGUCGCGCUCCGACGCGGCGUCGACGGGGGCGGUGGCCAAGCGGGCGGUGGCGAGGGUCACCACGCCGGAGAAGAAGCUGGCGGCCGAGGUGAAGGAGGUGGUGGUGGUGGAGGUGGAACAGGCGCCAUUGCCGCAACCCAAGAACAUCGAAGAGGAGGCAGAGGAGGAGGAGGAGGAGGAGUGGGAAGAAGAGCUGGAAGCAGAGGAGGAGGAGAAGGAGGUGCUAGAUCAAGAUCAGACGGCCAUUGACGAGGACGAAACUGAUCAGGCGACUGCUCCGAAUCAAGCGGACGAACAAGAUCUUGCGCCACCGACAAAAAGAGCGAUCAGGCCUGUGGCAGCACCGAUUGAAGAUGAGAGAGCACUCAACCCAGAGCCGACGAAACUUGCUGCCGCUGUCAACCUCCGGGCGAUGAACCCAGAGCCCAUGACCCCUGCCAGUGAAGAAGAAACCGACUCCGGUGGUAAUUCACAGGACGGACCCAGAGCCGGCAAGAACUUCUCCAGAGAAGAAAGCUUCGCCGGUAAUCCGCCGCCAUUUCCCGAAGCAAGAGCCUGUCGACGAUACUCCCCAGAGGAGGAAGAAGAGUAUGAGGAGAUCCAGGGCAGGCCGUCAGCUCUUAGCGCAAGCAAUCGAAGAAUGCAGAACAUUGUGGAUUUGGUAAUGUGGAGAGAUGUGUCAAAGUCUGCAUUUGUGUUUGGAUUCGGGACCUUUUCGCUCAUCUCCUGCUCCUAUGCCAAAGACCUAAACUUCAACACAAUAACAGCGGCUUCGUAUCUAGGCCUGGUCUACCUUGGUCUAAGAUUCCUUUGCAAGUCCUUACUCAACAGAGGUGAGAGUGUGGAGUGUGAUGAUGAGACGAAUAAUGGGAGGUCCCACUACCUGGUAGGUGAGGAGGAUGCCGUCUGGCUGCUGAGGCUUGUGCUGCCCUACGUCAACGAGGUGCUCCUGAACCUCAGGUCCCUCUUCUCCGGCGAGCCAGCAACCACCAUGAAGCUGGCGUUGCUGCUGUUUGCAAUGGCCCGGUGUGGUAACUUUGUCACCCUUUGGACCCUGGCCAAACUGGUGUUCUUUGGCAUCUUCACCAUUCCCAAGGUGUGCUCCUCCUACUCCACGCAGCUCGCCAGAUAUGGUAAGUUUUGGCUGGAGAGGUUUAGGGAUGCAUGGGAGUCUUGCUCCCACAAGAAGGCGGUCGUCGCAGCCGUCUUCACCCUCGUCUGGAACGUCUCCUCCACGGUGGCUCGUGUCUGGGCUGUGUUCAUGCUGGUGGUGGCGAUGAAGUGCUACCAGCAGCGCCUGAUGGAGUUCGGCUGGAGCAGCUCGGUGGAGGAGGCCGCUGAGAACGAUGAGCCGCAACAGCAGCAGGAGGAGUCUCCCGCUAAACCUGUCCAGACAGAGAAGGCACAUGAUCAAGGGUCGCAUGGCUUCGUGGCGGCACGGCACCGGCGAAUGCCGGUCUCCGGUGAGUUCGCCAGGGAGAGGCUGAGGGCGAGAGGCGGCAUCCAGCCAAGGUGUUAG